UUACUGCACUGACCCUCUAUCUUUUUCUUUAUCCCCUUACUAACAUGCAGAGGUUGCAUAGAAAUGCGAGCUUAGCUUUGGUUUGGACACAGACAACCGUUUAAAGUGCAAGAGAAGAAGGAAGGGACAAGGAAGGGACUAUGUCCUUGUUGCUUAAGGCCAGCAACGGUCAUCUCUUCUUAUCAUCAUCAAAUUCUUCCAUGGCAACGUGUUCAAGCUUCUGCGCUCAACUUCCCAUCCAUUUUAGACCAAUACCCAUCUCUUCUUCUUUUCCCACUAAUCAACCUUUCAGGCCCUUCUCUGCCCAAGCUUCAAUUUCUCCUGCUAAUGAUGGAGGCUCUCCAAUUACUAUUGGCUUUCUAGGCCUUGGAAUUAUGGGUUCUCCAAUGGCUCAGAAUCUCAUAAAAUCUGGGUGUGAUGUGACUGUUUGGAACAGGACCAAGAGCAAAUGUGAUCCUCUCAUCAGCUUGGGAGCAAAAUAUAAGCCUUCUCCUGAGGAAGUAACUGCAGCCUGUGAUGUCACAUUUGCAAUGCUUGCUGAUCCAGAAUGUGCAGUGGAGGUUGCAUGUGGAAAGCAUGGAGCUGCAAGUGGUAUGGGUCCAGGAAAAGGGUAUGUGGAUGUUUCAACUGUUGAUGGUGGGACUUCUAAAUUGAUUUGUGGACAUAUCAAAGCUUCUGGGGCAUCAUUUUUGGAAGCUCCUGUUUCUGGCUCAAAGAAACCAGCAGAAGAUGGGCAACUUAUAUUUCUUACUGCAGGUGACAAAUCUCUGUAUGAAACAGUCACUCCAUUCUUGGAUAUCAUGGGGAAGUCAAGAUUUUACCUUGGGGAAGUCGGAAAUGGGGCUGCAAUGAAACUUAUUGUCAACAUGAUCAUGGGCAGUAUGAUGGCAACCUUUUCUGAAGGAUUGCUUCUCAGCGAGAAAGUAGGACUGGACCCAAAUGUACUGGUUGAGGUAGUGUCCGAGGGUGCCAUUAGUGCACCGAUGUAUUCGCUGAAAGGUCCCUCAAUGGUCAAAUCUCUAUACCCCACUGCUUUUCCCUUAAAGCAUCAGCAGAAGGACAUGAGACUUGCCCUGGGAUUAGCAGAAUCUGUUUCCCAACCCACUCCAAUUGCAGCAGCUGCAAAUGAACUAUACAAGGUAGCAAAAAGUCACGGGCUUAGCGACAGUGAUUUUUCAGCAGUAAUGGAAGCACUGAAAGGAAAAGUGCAAUCCUGAGCAAACUAGUGUGUUUUUUUCCUGGUUACGAAGGAGAGGCUUUUACCUGAGACCUCGAGUUUUCUUGUAUGUCGUCAUCACCAGCCUGUGGUCUUUUUUCUGUGUUAGUACAUGUCUGUCGGGAAAAAAAACUACGUAGUCCCUAAACUAAACUAGUGAUAGUUUUUGAACAAGGAAUUUACCGUAAUUAAUAAUUGAUGUGCAAAUUCAUUGCAAUAAA